AAAUGAGGUGGAGGGAGGCGGGGUCAGCACGCUAGGGUUUCCCCUCGCGCAAGCUUCUGGCUCUCUCUUUUAACGGCCGAAGGGUUUUAGGUAGUUUUAGCUUCUUCUCCCCUGCUUCUUCUUCUUUCACUGUAGUCCAAAGGUCUGCAACUCUUUCCCUAACGAGAGAGAGAGAGAGGGAGACAGAGACAACACCAUGGCGAUUGGUUCGAUCCUUAUGUCUCGCCUCGCUCGUUCCUCCAGGGUCGCGGCAACUGGCUUUUCUCAGGCUUCUGGUUAUCUCAAAGCAGCACAUGGUACAACAUUUUUAGGUCAGAGAUGGGCUUCUGCCGCAAGAGCUUUCAGCUCCAAAGCUGCUGGCGCAGAUGUGAUUGGAAUUGAUCUUGGUACAACUAAUUCUUGUGUUUCAGUUAUGGAGGGAAAGAACGCCAAAGUAAUUGAAAACGCUGAGGGUGCAAGAACAACUCCAUCUGUUGUUGCAUUUACUCAAAAGGGGGAGCUCUUGGUUGGAACUCCUGCAAAACGGCAAGCAGUUACAAACCCUACUAACACUGUAUUUGGUACUAAGCGUCUGAUUGGAAGGAGGUUUGACGACCCACAAACUCAGAAGGAGAUGAAGAUGGUUCCCUACAAAAUUGUCAAGGCUCCUAAUGGAGAUGCAUGGGUGGAAGUGAAUGGACAGCAAUAUUCUCCAAGCCAGAUAGGUGCAUUUGUUCUUACAAAAAUGAAGGAAACUGCUGAAGCUUAUCUUGGAAAGUCAGUCUCAAAGGCUGUAAUUACGGUUCCAGCUUAUUUCAAUGAUGCUCAAAGACAGGCCACAAAAGAUGCUGGGAGAAUUGCAGGACUUGAUGUGCUUAGGAUCAUAAAUGAACCUACGGCUGCUGCUCUUUCAUAUGGACUGAACAACAAGGAAGGAUUGAUAGCGGUCUUUGAUCUUGGUGGUGGAACCUUUGAUGUGUCUAUCCUUGAGAUCUCAAAUGGAGUUUUUGAGGUCAAGGCCACAAAUGGUGAUACAUUCUUGGGUGGUGAGGACUUUGACAAUGCUCUGUUGGAGUAUCUGGUCAGUGAGUUCAAGAAGGCUGAGUCCAUUGACCUGUCCAAGGAUAGGUUAGCUUUACAGAGGCUGAGAGAAGCAGCUGAAAAGGCCAAGGUGGAGCUUUCUUCCACAGCCCAGACUGAAAUAAACCUCCCGUUCAUUACUGCCGAUGCUUCUGGUGCUAAGCAUCUCAACGUUACUCUAACGCGAUCAAAGUUUGAGACGUUGGUGAACCAUUUGAUAGAAAGAACCAGAAACCCGUGCAAGAAUUGCUUGAAGGACGCAGGGAUAUCCACUAAAGACGUAGAUGAGGUUCUCCUUGUCGGAGGCAUGACUAGAGUCCCAAAGGUCCAAGAAGUUGUCAUAGAGAUCUUUGGGAAGACGCCAAGCAAAAGUGUCAAUCCUGACGAGGCUGUGGCCAUGGGAGCAGCUAUACAAGGUGGUAUUCUUCGUGGUGAUGUGAAGGAACUCCUGCUGCUUGAUGUUACGCCAUUGUCACUUGGCAUAGAAACUCUUGGUGGCAUCUUCACUAGGCUGAUCAACAGAAACACCACAAUCCCCACAAAGAAGAGCCAGGUGUUCUCCACUGCUGCUGACAAUCAGACCCAAGUUGGUGUACGGGUUCUGCAAGGUGAGCGUGAGAUGGCGUCAGACAACAAACUGUUGGGUGAAUUUGAGCUCACUGGAAUUCCUCCAGCACCUCGUGGAAUGCCACAGAUAGAGGUGACGUUUGACAUCGAUGCAAACGGCAUUGUCACAGUUUCAGCCAAGGAUAAGGCCACUGGUAAGGAGCAGGCUAUCACUAUCAGGUCAUCCGGAGGUCUCUCAGAGGAUGAAAUUGAGAAGAUGGUGAAAGAAGCAGAGGCACAUGCACAGAAGGACCAGGAGAGGAAGAGGUUGAUCGAUAUCAGGAAUACCGCCGAUACAACCAUUUAUAGUAUUGAGAAAAGCUUGAAUGAGUACAAGGAAAAGAUUCCUUCUGAGCUUGUCUCGGAGAUCCAGGGCGCUGUUUCAGACCUUAGGAAGGCAAUGGGAGGCGAAGAUGCAGACGAGAUAAAGGCUAAACUUGAUGCUGCGAACAAGGCGGUUUCGAAGAUUGGGCAGCACAUGAAUCAAGGUGGGGGCGGUGGUUCUGCUACCGGAUCUCAGGGAGGAAACCAAACUCCAGAGGCUGAAUACACGGAGGCCAAGAUGUAGGCAUCAUCUUUGUUAGAAGAGUGGGAUAGUUGCGUGCGUCCGGGUGAGUGUUGGAGGAUUGGGUUUUGGCUGGCCAAUUUUGCCACUGUUGCUGUUGUAGAAGAUCGUUACAGAUGAUGAUUCGUUACCAUUUCAGUUCCAUUACAGAUAAAAGUUUCUGGUCUUUGCUGGUUACUCUCUCUCUCUCUCUCUCUCCACUGUGUUCUGUGGACCGCCUCUAUAGAACAACGGCGUUGGACUUCAUUGUGCGCUGUGUUGGAGUAUUGUUUGGCCGGCACCGUUCUGGUUGUCGGCAUGAUACGAUUGGAUUAUCUGUUAAAUGGUUCUUUUCUUCCCCUUAAAUUAACAAUUAUGUCGUCUGUAACAAUGGCAUGACAGGUAGCACUUCUGUGUAUGCCAAGUGGGAUUCGCGUUGGUUGAUGUGGUAGAAUUAUGGGGUCGGGAGUCCGGCCCGCACUGUUCCUGAAGAAGGUUUAGAUUUUUGUAAUCUUGUUGAGCAUGCACUGUUCCUGAAGUAGAAAUUAGCCUUUCAAGGCACGUUAAAUUUAA